AUGACUGCAGGUUCCAUCUUUUUCAGCAAGUUUGUUGUUACAAAACAAGUUUUCUACAAAACUAAAUAUUCAUACGCGUUGGUGAAUUUAAAACCUUUAUUUCCGGGCCAUGUGCUAGUUGUGCCGUUGCGUACCGAAUGCCUUUCUCUCUCUGAUCUUACUCCAGAAGAGAACAAAGAUUAUUUUGCUACUUUGCAAGUGGUACAUCAAUUCAUCAGCGAUGAAUUUCAUGCCGAUUCCGUUAAUGUUGCAAUUCAGGACGGUCCUGAGGCAGGGCAAACCGUUCCACAUUUACACACGCAUAUUAUUCCAAGACACAAGGUAAACAACAUUGGUGAUAAAGUCUACGACAAGUUAGAUGCAUGGACUUUUGAAGAACAAUUGGCUAAAUGGAAUGAAAGGCGAUCCGAUUAUGCUAGCGCAGAUACCAGCAUUAUCAAGCGUGAGCUUAUUGUACCAGACGUUCAGCGUGAGCCAAGAAGUAUGGAUGAAAUGAGUGCUGAAGCUCAUGCUCUGAGCCAAAAGUUGAAUCUUUUCCUAGAGCAAAACCCUAAACUUAAGGAGUACUACUAA